UGGCCACAAAUGAACAAUAGCUCUGUGUGGUAUGUGCCUGCAGUCAGUGUGUGUAUAAAAUCAAAUAAAAAUCUCAUCCAUUGGUCAAAAUCUCAUCAAAUUGUUGUUUGAUUGCUGCUGUCAAACACACACACACAUAUUCAGAGACAUAAAGAGUUCGGGCUGGUGUUUUUCCUAUUUUUUUUCGUUUGCAUCUUUUUUCAACUUUGCUCAACAGUUCAAACAAUCAACGACAACUUUAUUCAUCAAAUUUUUUUCUGUUGUUGUUUAUCAUCGACAAAUUGGAAAUUCAAAUCGAUGUGAAAUAUUGAUUGAUUCUUGAAGAAUCCGCAACCGAAAAUCACCUUAUUCAUUUCAAUUUUUGUUUGUUUGUUUUGAAGAAAUUUAUCAACAAAUAACAAAUAGCAACAACGAAAAACAUGGAAACAUUAAGAUAUUAUAUGUUCGAUUUUUGGGAACAAGAAAGUGAUAAACGUAUUAGUGAUUAUCCAUUAAUGAAAGGUGGCCCAUGGAUUGCAUGGUCAAUUGUUAUAACAUAUGUUUAUUUUGUUACAAGUCUUGGACCAAAAUUAAUGAAAAAUCGUCAAUCAAUGAAUCUACAAUGGCUUAUUGUUACAUAUAAUUUAUUAAUGAUAUUAAUAAAUGGUUAUUUUUUCUAUCAAAUAAUGAUACCAUAUCGUUUUGGUAUCGAUAUAAAAAUAUGGGAUUUUCAACGUACCGAACAAAUUGAUCAUUCACCACGUACAAUGCAUAUCUGUCUUUUAAGCUAUUUAUAUUUAAUUAGUAAAUAUAUGGAUUUAGCUGAAACAAUAUUUUUUGUAUUAAGAAAAAAAUUUAAUCAAAUUACUAGUUUACAUGUUUAUCAUCAUGCUAUUGUACCAAUAUUAGUACAUAUGUUUAUUAAAGUAUCACCGGCCGGUGGACCAGGUGCUAUGUUUCCAUUAUUAAAUUCAUUUAUACAUACUAUAAUGUACAUCUAUUAUACAUUAUCGGCAUUAGGUUUACGACGUUAUACAUGGUGGAAAAAAUAUGUCACACAAUUACAAUUGACACAAUUUGUCAUUUUUGGUAUUUAUGGUUGGCUAUUUUUACUCAAUCAACGUGGUUAUCCAAAAAUAUUUACAUUUUUAGGCAUCAUACAACCAGUUAUAUUUUUUGCAAUGUUUUUUUCAUUCUAUAAACGUGCAUAUAGAUUAUCAUCGGAUAAACAACAACGACAAUCAAAAACAAUGAACAUAAUGGAUACUAUCGAUACCAACACCAACAACAACAACAAGAUGACCAAUGGAUCAACUAAAACAAUCAUCAACGCUGAUGAUGAAGAUAAUAAUCGAAUUUGUCAAAAUGGUCACAUUAAUGGUAAUAAAACCAAUGGUCAUAUUGUUGUUGAUAAUAAGAAAAAUGAAUAAUAAUAAUUGACAUUGAAGAAAGCAAUAAAAACGAAAAAACAACAAAAAAAAUUAUACAAGAUUGACGUUUA